UAGGAGCAGUCCGGAAAUCACAAAUACAAACCGGAAGUGAGUGGUUGUAUUAUGUCGAACUUUAUACUUCUAAUCAAAGUCCGUCGUUUUCUCCUGUAAAUAGUUUGUCUUGGUCCAUCCGAACCAGAAUUGAACCCCUUUAUCCGGAUGAACCCGACUGACUGGACUUUGUUCUGUUCACAUUCAGUGUCUGUUUUAUUCCUGAUUUAUCUCUUGUUAGCUCAGUGAUGCUAAAGUUAGCUUUGCUCGCUAGCUGCUAACAGACCUGUCAGUGUGUGAUGGAGACAAACUAUGUUUCUGACUGAGUUUGUGUGAAGAAAAAGUGAAAAAUGUCUAAAAUUCAGAUGUACGAGGAAGAAGAAUAUUGUCGAACUAAAGAAGAAAACGAGCGACCGGACGCAGUUUGGAACCAGAAAGUCCAAAUACACACUUCAGGUUGUCCUGUAGAUGUCCAGCAACUGUUGGUGGUUAAAGAAGAGGUUCUCCCUGGGGAGCAGAACUGGAACCCCAGUCUGGACCAGGAGGACCUAGACCCCCCUCAUAUUAAAGAGGAACAGGAGGAGGUGUGGACCAAUCAGAAGGCUGAUAUCACCAGGCUCCCAUCCACUUGUGUCCUUGUGAAGAGUGAAGAUGAUGAAGAGAAAGUUCACUCCCCACACCUUCAUCACAGACAAACUAUGGAGAAUAGAGAGGAACCAGUUGAAGAGGACUGUGGAUCAGGACCAGUCAGCAGCUUUAAUCCACAUUUAAAAACACAGACUGUUGAGCAGGGCUCGGUGUCUUUAAAAAGUGAGGACAGUGCUGAAAGGGAGUUUUGGAACGAUAUCUGUGAACGUCAGUCAGUAAUGAAGUCAAGUGAUAUACAUGAUGAAGGAUCUAAAACAAAACUUCACUGCUCUGAGUGUGGCAAAACCUUCUACUUCAGAUCAGUUUUAGAGACACACAUGAGGGUUCACACAGGAGAGAAACCAUUUACUUGCUCACUCUGUGGCAAAAAAUUUGCUCGGAAGGAAGCCUUAGUUCCACACAUGAGAGUUCACACAGGAGAGAAACCAUUUUGUUGUUCAGUGUGUGGUAAAAGAUUCAGUCAGAAAGGAAACUUGCAUGAUCACAUGGCGAGUCAUACAGAAGUGAAACCCUUCAGCUGUUCAGUUUGUCAGAAAAGUUUUGGACAUAAAAGUUCUAUCAAGACACACAUGGCAGCUCACACAGGAGAAAAACUGUUCCGCUGUUCAGUAUGUGGUAAAAGAUUUGUACAUGGGUCAAGUUUACGUCGUCAUGUGAGACAUCAUUCUGCCAGUGAAUGCGACACCAAAACUCAGAGUAACACAAAGAAAAAUAGAGAUGGUGCUGUAAGAGAUGUAGGAGAACAACUCAAACAGCAUCUGUGCUCUGAAUGUGGAAAAACAUUUGUCUGCAGAGCAAAGUUAGACAUCCACAUGAGAGUCCACACAGGAGAAAGACCAUUUUAUUGUUCCGUUUGUGGGAAAAGAUUUACCAGUAAUUCAACCUUAACUGCUCACAUGAAGGUCCACACUGGUGAGAAACCAUUUGGCUGUUCAGAAUGUGGUAAAAGAUUUACUCAGAAAACAGGUGUAGAGCGUCACAUGAGGCUCCACACGGGAGAGAAACCUUUUGGCUGUGUAGUUUGUCAGAAACGCUUCAAACGUAAACAUCAUGUUCAGAUACAUAUGAAGGUCCACACAAGAGAAUAGACAGAAUGUCACAUUCACAGGAAUCAGACCAGCAGAGACUAAACUACAUGAAGGAUAAUGAUACAGAAAUGUUAUAGAGGAAAAUCUGCAGAAAUAAUUUCCAAUGAUUGUUUUG